AUGAAUUCAAACCGAGUUUUUUAUAGUAUUUUUAAUAGAUUCCGCUUUAGAACAACGAUUGAUGUGAAACCGGUUUCAUCAAGUUUUGAAAUGAUUUCACGAUACAAACUCUCUGCAUCAAAGGAAAAUGAUAUGUUUCCUCAAGAUAAAAAAGAAAAUUAUAGAUUAUUUCCAAAAAAAACAUAUUCUUGUUCGUUUUUGAUAAGAUUCAUUGUUUAUAUUGGGUCUCUUACUUUAUAUAUCUGGAAUAAAUUAAAAAAAAUAUUUUUCUGUCUAUUUUUAGUAAGAUUAAAAUUACUUAAGAAGCUACGUGACUGUUCGGCAUUACAAUCUUCAUUAAAUACCUUGGUUUAUUUAUUUUUUUUACCUUAUUUUUGGAUCAUAAACAGAAAAAGACUAACCAGACCAUCAUUUACUUCAGAUUCAUCUUGUGAAAAAUAUUGCGAUUUUAAACCAACAUGUGAACCUAUAGAUAUUCAAUUAUCAAUACAAUCACAAACUCAAAAACCAAAACGUUUUGUUUCUUUCUCCGAUAAGAAAUUAACAUCUAGACCAGCACGUUUUAUGUUAUACAAUAAUAAUACAGUUAACAAAGAUAAUAUUAAAUCGCCUACAUCUUCUUUAAUAACUUUGGAUAUGACUCAAUUAUCAAAUUUUCCAUGUCAAUCUAUACCUCGUCCUUUAUUUCCAAAAACAUUAAUACCGAAAACGCUUAUUUUGGAUCUUGAUGAAACGUUAAUUCAUUCUUUAGUAAAAGGAGGAAGGAUUACUUCUGGUCAUAUGGUAGAAGUGAUGCUAGGAAAACAUGCUAUUCUGUAUUAUGUACACAAACGUCCUUAUUGUGAUAGUUUUUUAAGAAAAGUUAGCAAAUGGUACAAUGUUGUUAUUUUUACAGCAUCAGUUCAAGAAUAUGCAGAUCCUGUUAUUGAUUGGUUAGAACAGGACCGGAAACUCUUUAAAGCACGGUUUUAUCGCCAACAUUGUACUUUUCGCAACGGAGCGUAUAUUAAAGAUUUAUCAAUUGUACAACCAGAUCUUUCCAAAGUCAUUAUUAUAGACAAUUCUCCUGUUAGUUAUUCUAUGCAUGAAAACAAUGCUAUUCCUAUUCAAGCUUGGAUCAGUGACCCUUCAGAUAAAAAUUUAUUGCAUCUCAUUCCUUUUUUGCACGGAUUACGAUAUGUACUUGAUGUGCGGACUCUUUUGGGAUUAAGAGCUGGCAUGUUUUCUCUCAAUUCAUAA